AUGGCAAAGGCCGCAAAGCAGCCGGCAGCUCCAGCAGUUUUCCCUUGUAGCACAGCCAGAAACUCGCUUCCGCAGACGGUGCUACGCACAUCCGGCGAAAGCUCACGAGCGUACCGGCAGGAAACCUCAGCUGCCCUGUGUUUCUCCACGCAUAACCCCCUCGCCCGCCGCGGUGGAGGGAUGCUAAAGUAUACGGACCGCUGUUCCUUGGAGCUUGCUCUUCUUCCCCUCACGCUUCCAACCUCCCAGGACCACGAACGACGGACGACGGACAGGACAACGGACAACGGACAACGGACAACGCUCAGCAUACCGAGCGAGAGCCUCUAUGGGGAGAAGGAUAAUAUCCUUCUAAGUGACAACUAUCUUCCUGGUGCCAUGGUCCUGGCUCACUCCCUGAGGGAUAACGGGACAAAGGGCAGGCUAGCCGUGCUUAUAACGCCGGAUGGGUUGCAACAGGGUACAAUUGAUGAGCUGAAGACGGUGUAUGAUGAUGUGAUACCAAUUGCCCGGAUAGAGAACUCAACCCCGGGAAAUCUCUACCUUAUGGAUCGUCCGGAUCUAAUAUCUACAUUCUCAAAGAUAGCUCUCUGGAAGCAGACCCAGUACGAUCAGAUCGUCUACAUUGAUGCGGAUGUGAUAGCUACCAGAGCCCCCGAUGAGCUCCUCACGCUUGAUGUGACGUCUAUUGCAGCGGUGCCGGACAUAGGAUGGCCGGAUUGUUUCAACACCGGCGUCAUGGUCCUUCGUCCAAACCUCAAGGAUUACUAUUCUCUCCUUGCCUUCGCCCAGCGGGGGAUAAGCUUCGAUGGUGCUGAUCAGGGCCUCCUAAACAUGCAUUUCAAGAAUUGGGAUAGACUGAGCUUUGCGUACAACUGUACGCCCAGCGGCCAUUAUCAGUACAUACCGGCAUACCGAUACUUCGAAAGCACCAUCUCCCUGGUCCAUUUUAUUGGUCCGUUAAAGCCGUGGAGGCUUGGAAGGAAGACGUCGCCGCAGGAGUCGCCGUAUAAUCAGCUAUUAUCAAAAUGGUGGGCAGUAUACGACCGUCAUUAUCAUGCAGGCCCCGGUCAUACCCAACCUCGUCCCCAGUACCGGCCUCCUUCACAUGUACCUGACCAGAAAGUGAGGUCGGUUGAAGCUGCACGCCCUCAUGAGGAAGUUAGAACUGUAACAGAACAUGCACGCCCGGAACAUAUACAUGAACCCCCCCCUGCUCUGUCACUUACCCCCGGUGGAAGGAGUGCUGCAGAUACUAGCACCUUUGCACAACCUGCCGCCACACGUCCAGAACCUGUUGGUGGCUCUCAUGAGGAGGGACCUCAAGUCAGUCAUGGGGCUCCAGACAUCAGAGUGAUAAACCCCGACGAAAAUACUGUCCAAUAUGAUGCCAUUGGCUCUACUCUCGAGUUUGCUCCCGAACCAGAAAGGGGUCCUCAGCCAAGCGACAUACCGCCAGCUCAGCCGGUGGUCAGCGCUGUUCCACAAUACGUUCGCGGAGAAGAACAUGUCUCGGUGCCGGUAUAUCAUGGCCAGCCGCCCGGUGUACCAAUCCAUGCACCCCUUGUCGAUUUUAGCACCAAUGGUCCUUAUCCAGCUGCCGCCCCUCCUGAAGACCAAGAGCCUUGUCACUAUCAUGAACCCCAAACAUCCUCACUAACGCAGGAAACAAGAGAAGAGCGCCCUGCGGACCAGCAAUCUGCCAGCGUUGAACACACUGCCUCCAGCACCACGGAAACCCAGCCGCCUGAACGUACCCCUUCUCCUCCUCUAGCAAUAUGGGAUGCUUCACGCGCACCACCGCCUGUUGAUUCAAAACCGGAGGCUGUCAGCUUCCCUGUACAGAUCUACACGAUGUCGAAGGAUACUGAACUCUUUCAACCUCCUAAAUCAUAUCCUGAAGCUCCGAAGAAUAUGUAUUACGAAGUUCCAACCACUGCCCCCACCCCCAAAAAACAAACGUCCGUCUUCCCCUGGGAGCGCAGCGCUCCGACGCCGACACGAAUUUUCCUAGGGGAGGAAUGGGAGUCUAGUCAAGCUACUGAGUCCCCAACUUCAUCAACUAGACCGAUUCCCGGGCAGGCUGAGUGGUCUUCACAAGGGCUCGAGUCGUACCCGCGGAGCAAUGCCUGGGAUGAAGUACCAGAGAUCGAAAAGUACAUGCGUUCUCUCCACAAGCCUCGUCAGGCUGGUGUUUCCGUUAUCUCGGGGUCGGGGUCCUCCCAUACCCGAGGCCCGUCCACAGGGUCAAAAUCUUCAUCCAGAAAAUCGAACCUACGCUUAACUCAUUUUCCACCAGAACAAGAGCGGCCCAGCCCCGCUGUUACACCAGCUCUAAUAAUGAGGAGCCCAAGCCUCUCUUCUACAGCAGAUGAAAGCUGGGAGAACGAAGAGCUUCCUGCUGCUGAAGGCGUUCCCAGCCAGAAGGAAUGGAACCCCGUACAACGCCUAAAGGAGCUUCAGCGGCGUCAGUCCCUGUUCCUUGAAAAACCAAUUGAAUUUCAGUCGCGGGAGGUCCCAAAGCGGCAAAUGCCAGGCGAGCCGUCAAAGUCUGGCUGA